CCCACCGCCUUGGGCCCAAUGGACUGGUGCCUUCUCAGGUGUGGAGACCCUGGCACCUGCUGCCGUGGUCCUGAUCCUCUCCUGUCGUCCGGCAGGCUGCGGCCCUGGCGGUUCGGAGCAACUGUCAUGGGGACCGGGGGUUGGUGUCCAGGGACCGUGCCCUUGUCCCUGAGGCGGACCGGGGCGCGUAGCCUGCGGGACCUGAGCCGAGGAGACCCUGCUUUGUCCUCCAGAGGCUCUCCAGCCGCGCAGCGGCAUCUUCUUCUGGUAACGUCCAGAAUGAGUCGUGAAGGAUGCUCUUUGUCCUGCGUUGCAAAGUAAAACUUGUGUUUUUUAGAAACGUUAUCUUGAAAAUUGGCGCAUCUCCUGUGCUUUUCUAAGGUGUAUUAGGAAACUGGGCCAGUCACUGUCAGGAUUUUCGUAUCGGCAAGUCAGGAGGAAAAGAAAUGGGAGAGAAACUUAUUCUCCCAAAUAUUUUCCUGCCGAGUCGCUUCUCUAGCUGCCCUCUAGAUGAUUGCUUCUUUUUUUUCUGAAACAAAGUAAAAACUACAGGUAGAAAUCACUAAGGUCUGUCUGACGUCUGACCCAGCAACAUUUUAAACAUUUUUUCUGAAUGAGAACUGGUAUGAAUGAAAGACUGGAAUUGAAAAGGAAACGUUUUGGUGGGGAUUCACAAUGAGUGCGUUAUUUUUCAAUGGUAUUUUAAUGCUUAUGUUAAUAAUGCUUUAUUUUUAAAUAGUAUUCUUAAAAAUAGCUACAAAAAAAUGUUUUUUUGAAAGUCCCUGUUGUCGUUUCAGAGCCCCUCCUUUAAAAGCCUUACUAGAAAUACUUAUGUAUAGAAACGUUUAGUGACAUUUGUUUAUUUACAAAAUUUCUAAAAGAUGCAAAAGCAUGAUGAAGAAGAUAACAGUUUCAUCAUUCCAAGUAACCAUUAUGAGUAUGGUUACACUGUGUAUACAUCUCCAUUAUCUUUCUAUGCAGAGAUGAGUGUAUGGAUUUUUCUAAAGUGGAUUCUCUAUUGUAACCUUCCCCCCCCCCCCGACUUCAUAGCAUGCCAUUACAUGGCUGUCAUAAUUUAUUUAGUUGGUUGUUCCAUUUUACACUACUUAAAAACAUUGUUGAAGAAAUGUAAAAUCUGCACAACCAUGAUUACUUCUUAGUGUACAUUCCUAGAUGAUAGAAUUGUUGGGUUUGUCUUUUUAAAAAUGUAAAUUACUCGGUUUCCCUCUGGAAAGGAUGUGCGAUUUUCCCUCCCACUAACAAUCUGUGAGUAUCUUUUUCUACACCCUAGCAAAAGACAACAUUUAAAGGAUUUCUACUGGCUCACUUUGGGGCCAUUUUUGUUCUUCUCUCCAACCGAGUACAAGUAUCAUUCUCUAGCUAUCCUUUUUUUUUUCUUAUUUGUUUUAGCAAUUCAGUUUCUCAUCUUUUAUUCCACUUUUAACCGUCUAGUAAAGAAUGGUUAUGCAGGUGAGGCAAAGGCAUCAUAGAGUGAACAAGAGAUUUGUACUCAGGACUUCCUUAAAUAUGAGUGUCUCUGAUUACCUUGCACAAACCACUUACCUUUUCUAAGGGACUGUUUCCUCAACUCUAAAAGUAGAUAUUAUAGCGCAUUUGCCUUGUGUUUCUUACAGGGUGGUUUUAAGGGUCAAAUGAGACAUUUAUGGAAAGUACGUUUAAACAUACUCUGUCUUGUGGCCAAUUAUUGCCAUCUUGUAAAAAUUUCAGAGCACAAGAGCUUCUUGAUUUUUUAAAGUAAAUUUCUGAAUUCAGAAAAGCCAUUCUGUGAUACCAUUUGCCCCACUCUCUUUCACUUCUUAAAUUCGAAGUUUUAGAUUUCUGUCCUAGAUUAUAUUCAGAAUGCUAUCAGAGUUAUGAAAUUAGGUGAAUGAAUGAAUCUACACAAAUGUUGAAGGAGCAAAUAUUUAAAGGCACUAUAUAUAAAAUUGAGGGGGAAAAUAUAAAGCUAAAUAAAACACAAUCCUUGGGAUCAUGAUAAAUAAAACAUAGUCUUUGUGCCCUACAGGCUACAGAAAGAAUGUCCAGGCAGCUAGAAGGUGGAAAAGCUGCUUUCCAAAUUUAGAUGGCAAUUUUAGAUGUGAUGCAGGAUGUCAACUAUUCUCAAGCAUGCUAAAAGUCCAUUUCUGCUGACCGAGCAUCUGCACAAAUGACCAGGCACUCUUGUAAGGGUCAUCUUUCUGAAGAAUAAAUCUGGAAUUUCCAAGAAGGAAACUCAGGGGGAAAAUAACAAAGUCAAGGAAAGAAUCCCAGGGGAGAUGCUGGUCAAACAGUCCUGAAAGAAGAUUUGUCAAGUGGAGUGAAGGAAGACCAUCUGUGUGUGUAAAAAGUAAACAGUGGCUCACAUGUCAGAGGAUGGCACGGUCACGCUCUAGAUCCCCCAGGUGGAAACACAGGUCAUUAUCACCAGUACCUAGAAAUUCUGAACACUACAAGCAAAGGUACUCUCAUGGGCAUUAUGGCUGUGAAUAUAGGAAGGAUCCAAAGAGACCCACCACUUGGCGAAUGGACAGUGAGAAACAUGGACAGAGUAAACCAAGGAUUCCUUCUCGUGGAAAUAUACAUUACCGAUCUUAUGAACAUAGAUCACCUUCCCCAAACAUAAGAAGAACCUCUUCAGAAAAUGUUUAUACUUUUAAGCCUUACCGAGAAUACUUACCAGGAAGAAGAGAUGGUAACAGAGGAUUGCACUAUAUGCCCCAAUACUCAGAAGGUGUACCUUACAAAGAGAACCAGAGGAAUUUUUAUCCCCAGAAAGUACAAGGAAGGUAUAUUCCUGAUGAUCACAGAGUUAGAGGAAGUGGAAAAGGAGGGAAGCCACCUCAGAGGUCAAUAGCAGAUUCUUUUAGGUUCGAAGGAAAGUGGUAUGAAGAUGAGUUGAGGCACCAGAGGAUACAAGAUGAAAACCAUUCUCAGUCACUUAGAAGAGGCUCUGAAGACUUUGAGAAAAGGAGCUCUUUUCAGAAGAGGUAUCCUGAGGAUCGUGAUUUCAGAAAAUAUGGACACACAUCAAAAAGACCUAACGACGUGGAGAGGUACGAAAACAGAGAUCCUGCCAGGAACCCACAGUGGAAGUUUGAGCAUUCUCUUCCAUCUUACCAAGGGAAGAAAGAGCAACGGAACCUUGGGCCCCAAACUCAUCGACAUGCUCAGAGGGAACCCCCAGAGACCAGUUCGGCAACCAGGGUAUCCUGUGACUAUCGCCACAAACGUCCUAAGACGUCAGGUGGGGACCAGGACUUUUCUGCUGGAAGAAUUCCGAAGUACUCUAAGGAAGAAGAGAGAAAAUACAGUUCUCAAAAAGGCCCCGUAAAUAGACAGUCCAUUUGUCUUACUGCUGGAAGAGGGAGAGAGACUGAAGGUGGGCAAGUCCAAGAACCUCUCACACCAUCUAAGAAAGACUGCACUGCCUCUACUCGCUCGCGCGAAAGUGACAUUGGCCUGAGACCCUACAAUGACAAACGGAAGGAGAAAAUAAAGAAAGAUGGGGAUGGCGGAAAAGAGAGCAACUCUUCCAGUAACCAACUCGAUAAAAGUAACAAACUUUCCAAUGUGAAACCUUCAUCUGCCAGUCUUAGGAAGAAAUCACUUACUGUUAAAGUAGAUGUGAAGAAAACAGUAAAUACAUCCAGGGUUGCUUCUAGCUAUUCCACAGAGAGACAGAUGUCACAUGAUUUGGUUGCUGUUGGCAGGAAAAGUGAGAACUUUCAUCCAGUGUUUGAACAUCUUGACUCAACUCAGAAUACUGAAAACAAACCUACAGGAGAAUUUGCUCAGGAAAUCAUAACUAUAAUCCAUCAAGUUAAAGCAAAUUAUUUUCCAUCACCUGACAUUACUCUACAUGAGCGUUUUUCAAAAAUGCGAGAUACACACGCUGCAGAUGUAAAUGAAGUUAAAUCGAAUUCAGAUCCAGAAAUUCACAGGAGAAUAGAUAUGUCUUUGGCUGAGCUUCAGAAUAAACAAACAAUGGUAUAUGAAUCAGAACAGACUCUGGUCAAAAUAAUAGACCCAAAUGACCUACGACAUGACAUUGAAAGAAGGAGAAAAGAACGGUUACAGAAUGAAGAUGAGCACAUUUUUCACAUAGCUAGUGCUGCAGAGAGGAAUGAUGAGCAUUCCAGUUUUUCAGGGUUGAAGAAUAUUCAUGUUGAUGAAUUCCAAAAACCUAUAGGUUUUACAAAAUCAAAUUUUAGAAAAUUUAUUCAGAAACCGCACAUGAAUUAUACCAUGCAGGAAAAAGACGUCAUUACUCACAAACCCUUUGGAGCUGAGGGAAACCGUCAAAACACAACAAGCUUUAGAAGACCAUUUAAGACCAACUUUAGAGGUGGCAGAUUCCAGUCCCAUUAUAAAUCAGGCCUAGUACAGAAGAGCUUAUACAUUCAAGCUAAAUAUCAGCGUUUACGAUUUGCUGGCCCAAGGGGAUUUAUCACUAAUAAAUUCAGAGAAAAAUUACUGAGGAAAAAAAAGAUGGCAGCCUGGCUGUUGACGGGGAAGCAAGUCAUUGAUUUCCACUCAAGGAGGAAGGUUGAGGCAAGCCUUUUCCUCAGUUGCAAGGUUGGGAUUCGGGCACAUGUUGUGUGUUCUUUUCUGUUGGCUCUCUGUUAGCUUCCUCUGACUCCAUUUUUACCUCUAGUUUUUAGAUAACUCGGGACUCCUGAGGGCUUGACCAUCUGCCUCAGCCUGCAGUUUCUAUGUGCUCAUUGAACUUGUGCUGUUUAGUCAUUCUUUUCUUAGCCUCACCGUGCCAGCUUCCUAUUGACCACCCAGUUCUUCCAGACCACAUCGACCACCAGUCUCACUUAACAGCAAAUAGAAACCAGACAUCAAGCCUUCAUCUGAGGACCUAAGAAAUGUGUCCUAGAGGAGGCCACAAGCUGCUAUGAGUCUCUAGUCUUUAGGGGCUAGGCGUUUUACAUCCUCUAAAAUGUAGCAGUUACAGGUAACAUCCGGUGCAGGUCUAGCCUGCCCUCCUUUGUCUUUCACUGCCAUCUGAGGGCUUUAGAAGUAGUCCCAACACACUGCAUUUUGUGACAUUCACCGUCUACAGCUCUUUUUCUUACGCCUGUCCUUCUGGAUGCUACUUUGUCUUUGUAGUGUAGCUUUGACAUGGGCUUUUACAUUCUGGCUACUGUCAGUACCUAUAAGCAAGGCAUAAACAGGCUGUUUUGUCGAUUUGUGUUUGAACAGCCCAGCUCUCCAAGUAUGGCAUGAAAUGAGGUACAUGCCAUACGAUUAGCAUCCUACUUAACAAUUGAGUUCCACAUUCUCCUACCCUUUAGGAUAAGGAAUGAGGCAUUGCACCUUCUCUGUUUCUGCCACGGUCUGAACUAAGGGACUUAAGGCUUACCUGGCCUUUGGGCUGUCCCAGUAGUAUGGUGCUGCUCUGAAACCCCACUCCAUGUAUGUAAACUGAUGACUUAGACCUAUUACUUCAUUUUCCCUCAACCUUUAUGCCCUGAAGAAAAGAGGUGUGAAGGCUUGGAGUCUUUUUUUUUUUUUUUUUCCAGUCUUGCUUGCUUCCGCUUUCCCUUCGAUUAGGGCCACUUUUGCUCAAAUGGAGUUACUGAGUGUGAGGUGCCACUUAUAUCACUUUUCAUCUCAAGCUUCUGCUUCGGAGGGAGCUUUGAAGGUCCUGUCCUGGAAAGAAGCCAUAGUCUGGGCACCAUCUGUACACUGCUUUUUUUUGCUUUUUGCCCUAAAAGAGAAUUCAUUCUUUUUAUUGUUAUUAGAUCACCACCUAGAUGAAUUAAAGAUUCAUCACCAGUUAAUUAAUCUAGGUGCCCUGGGGCUGCUCUAGCCUGAAACCAGAUCUGAACCUACACACCCAUACAUGCCUGACAGUCCACCAGGAAGGUUCAGACUGACCUUGUCUGGACUGCUCCCUCCCUAGCCGUGGUGAAAUGCCUGGGCUGAUCAUUCAUGACUUGGAAGUCUUGUGGUGCUCAUCUGUAGUGCGGUCCAGUCACUGUGCCAUCAUUCACGUGCUUCCUCUCUCCAACACCAAACGGUCUCAGGAAGGAGUGGGGGAGAUCCUAGAUGUGCUCCUAAUAUUUCUUGUCCCACUUCACAAGACUGAUUGUGGCUCCCCAGCUGCCUACAAAGUAGCAGGAUUCCCAAGCAGUAUUAAGAAGUACAGAACUGAAAUGCUUCCUCCUAAUUUAUCUGGUGCUUAUCAUUAUUAAUCCCAUUCUGGCACCCACAUGGUCUUUUAUUGUGUCUCCUUUCUCUCAGAUUCUGUGCCUGGGCUAGACGAUGAUGGGGUGGGAGGAAUGUCUGUUACCACCUGGAGUAAGGCUGGUCUGUUCACAGCCAUUCACAAGUGCCCCCCUUUAAAGAUCCUCUGCUCAUCACAAAGUUUUCAGAAAUUCUUGGGGGAGUAGGACAAAGAACGUAGUAAAAAUUCAUGAAGCCACCUCUGAGAACAUUGCCUCUGAAAAAAUGCUAGCGGUUGAGUGUUUAGUCAGGGAGACCUGGACCUCUUUGGCAUCACAGAUUCUCUCGCAGUCCUCAGGGUGCCUGUCAGCGAGGUGCCUACCAGCACUCGGCCCGUGGAUAGGAAAGGGAGAAGGGAGAGAUUGUAAAGACACUGCAAGAAGGAAGUUAGAGACUGGGAUCUGUGGCUCUUGGGGUUGAAGAAACCCUUGAAAGUCACGGGGUACAAAGACAGAAUGGGAGCCAAGAUCAGGUAGAUCACCAAGAAUCCGUUCUACACCCACUGUGUCCCUGGACUUGAAGUGUGCCAUCAUCGCCCUCAGACAUUUGUGACCUCUGGAGCCUCCAGUUUCACUCUCUCUCUCUAUGACUUCUUUGUCUUAUUUGGUGGUUUCCCUUCUUCUAUGCAUCCUUAAAAAAAUAUGAGCAUUCUCUAGCAUUCUAUUCUUUCUUCUCUUUGUUUAUUCCUUCUACUUGCCUUGACUGUCCUCACCUCUUCCCAGGGUUCCAGCUGUUACCUCUGGUGAUGACUUUAUCCCUCAUCACUCUCUAGAGCCCCAGAAGUCCAGCUGCCUCCAAGGUGCCUCUUGAAGGUACCUCCAAUUCAGCAUGUUCAAAAUCAAACUUUCACUGGCACAAACUACAGCAUGGGUGACCCUUAAAAA